AGGGCUGAGACAUGGUUAUUUUUAUUACCAGGAAGUGGCCCAGUUACAAGCAUGUUUACAUAAGUCGACCAAAGAUUGCACUCCUGCUCCAGAGCAAAGCAAAGGCAUUUGAUCUUCAGCUGCUGUUUUCUUUUUUUAUGCUUUCACUUUUGGUUAAAAUAGUUACAGAUAGCCAUGAUAGCCCAACACAUCCACUUCCGCUUUUUUCGCUCUGUCAUCAGCAGCUCAUCACCUUUCACCAUAUCUCAUAGAAAGCCUCAUCCAUCAGCAGUUUUGAAUACUUCCUGGGAGCGUCAUGGUCUUCAAGACAUUGCCCCACUGGUGCAGAGUGUGGAGGAGACUCCAGAACCUAUCCCAACCACUGUCAAAGGCACAAUCCCGACAUGGAUCCAUGGAAAUCUUCUUCGCAAUGGCCCUGGAAAGUUUGAGUUUGGAAAUCAACACUUUAAUCACUGGUUUGAUGGAAUGGCUUUGAUGCACCGCUUUCAGAUUGCUGAUGGUCAGGUGACCUACAGGAGUCGCUUCCUGCGUAGUGACUCCUACAAGCAGAACAGUGAGAUGAACCGAAUUGUGGUGUCCGAGUUUGGUACUCUUGCUUUCCCUGACCCAUGCAAGAAUAUCUUCCAGCGCUUCCUAUCCCGUUUUGAGACGAUGAAGCCCACAGACAACGCUAAUGUGAGUUUCGUUAAGUACAAAGGUGAAUACUAUGUCAGCACAGAGACGAACUUUAUGUACAAAAUUGAUCCAGAUACUCUAAAAACAAAAGAGAAGGUGGACUGGAGCAAGUUCAUUGCUGUUAAUGGUGCAACCGCCCACCCCCACAUUGACCCAGAUGGUACAGUCUACAACAUGGGCAACUCCUAUAGCAGCAAAGGUAUGUCCUACAACAUUAUUAGAGUACCCCCAAAGAAUGAAGACUUUGAUGAUACACUGCAGGAGGCAAAGGUGCUGUGUUCCAUUUCUCCUGCUGAUAAAAAUAAGCCUUCCUAUUACCACAGCUUUGCCAUGACUGAGAACUAUGUUGUGUUCAUCGAACAGCCCAUAAAAAUGGACCUGCUAAAGAUAGUGACAUCUAGAAUGAGAGGGAAAGGCAUAAGUGACUGUAUCUACUGGGACCCAAAACAAGAGACUGUCUUCCAUGUUGUAAACAAACAUACUGGAAAGGUGAAUCCAGUGAAGUACCACACCAAGGCUCUAUCCACUUUCCACCAGAUCAAUGCAUUUGAGGAGGAUGGCUUCCUCAUAGUAGAUAUGUGCUGCUCAGAUGACGACCAGGCCUUUAAUAUCUACUGUCUUCAGAACUUGCGCAAGUCUGGAGAAGCACUGGAUGAUGUAUACAACAGCAUAGACAGGUAUUUUCCUUGCCGCUUUGUUCUGCCUUUGUGCAUUAACAAUGAAACACCACUGAAGCAGAACCUCAACACACGGCUCAACAGCUCUGCUUCUGCAGUCUGCCUUAGUAAAGAUAAGGUGUUCUGCAUGUCUGAAGAUCUCCAUGACAACGAACUGCUGGAUUAUGGGGGAUUGGAGUUCCCUCACAUUCACUAUGACCGAUGCAACACCAAACCUUAUCGCUACUUCUAUGGCUGUGGCUUUGGCCACCUGGUGGCAGACUCGCUGAUCAAAAUAGACCUGGAGAGUAAAAAGCUCAAGGCAUGGUGUCAGCCAGGCCUCUAUCCAUCUGAGCCUGUGUUUGUCCCCUCACCUAAUGCACAUGAAGAGGAUGAUGGAGUCAUCCUCUCUGUUGUCCUCACGCCCACUGAGGAUAAAGGUACUUUCCUGCUGGUUCUGGAUGCUAAGACAUUUGAGGAAGUAGGAAGAGCUAAAGUGCCCAUUAACAUUCCCUCAGGCUUCCAUGGAACCUUCAACUCUUUGGCAUAGAAUGGAUUUCAUCUAGUAACAUAAGAGGCUUCAACUCCUGCCAUGUUUGUAACUUUGCUAAAAAAGAUUUACAACUGGCCAACACAAAUCAGCUUCUGCCACUGUUUCACAAGGUGUUCCCCAGGUGUCAGUACUUGGCCCUCUCCUUUUCAUUAUUCAUCUGCUUCCAGUGUCUUAGUUUUCACCACUUUGCUGAUAAUCUUUGAUGUACAUAUCCAUGCACUCUACUUUCCUCUUCUCAGAACAUUUAUAAUUAGCUUUUUAUGUGUUUUAUUGUUUUACUUUGUAAUUAUUUUUUUAGUGCUGUACAAAUUGUCAUUUGUAAUGCAACUUGGCUUAGGUGCUAUGUAAAUCAAACUUAUCAGUUAGUAUGACCAACACUGUGAAACAUGUUGCCUUGAUUGUGGCUUUGGAAUACAGUAAAGGAACAGUACCUGUAGCCACUGUACCUAAAUUUGUACUUUAGAAACUGGUGUUC